CACACCUCAGGAACACCUCUCCACUGCCUGCUGCCCGCUGCCCAGACACACCUGCAGCCCUGCCCAGCCGGCUCUGCUCACUCAGAGCUUGUCAAUGCCCCAGACAUGAACCAGCCCAGGCCCCGCUACGUGGUAGACAGAGCUGCGUACUCCCUCUCCCUCUUCGAUGAUGAGUUUGAGAAAAAGGACCGCACCUACCCGGUGGGAGAGAAACUUCGCAACACCUUCAGGUGCUCCUCCACCAAGUUCAAAGCCAUUGUGUUUGGGCUGUUGCCAGUGCUCUCCUGGCUUCCCAAGUACAAGAUCAAAGACUACAUCAUCCCUGACAUGCUGGGUGGACUCAGUGGGGGAUGUAUACAGGUGCCACAAGGUAUGGCAUUUGCAUUGCUGGCUAACCUUCCGGCAGUCAAUGGUCUCUACUCCUCCUUCUUCCCCCUCCUGACCUACUUCUUCCUAGGGGGUAUACACCAGAUGGUGCCAGGUACCUUUGCCGUUAUCAGCAUCCUGGUGGGUAACAUCUGUCUGCAGCUGGCCCCAGAGUCAAAAUUCCAGAUCUUCAACAAUGCCACCAAUGAGAGUUACGUGGACACAGCAGCCAUGGAGGCGGAGAGGCUGCAUGUGUCAGCCACACUUGCCUGCCUGACUGCUGUCAUUCAGAUGGGCUUGGGUUUCGUGCAGUUUGGCUUUGUCGCCAUUUACCUCUCUGAAUCCUUCAUCCGGGGCUUCAUGACAGCCGCUGGCCUGCAGAUCCUGAUCUCUGUGCUCAAGUACAUCUUUGGUCUGACCAUCCCCUCCUACACAGGCCCAGGCUCCAUCGUUUUUACCUUCAUUGACAUUUGCAAAAACCUCCCCCACACCAACAUCGCCUCGCUCGUCUUCGCCCUGGUCAGCGCUGUCUUCCUGGUGCUGGUGAAGGAACUCAACGCCCGGUACAUGCACAAGAUCCACUUCCCCAUCCCUACGGAGAUGAUCGUGGUGGUAGUGGCAACAGCUAUCUCUGGGAGCUACAAGAUGCCAAAAAAAUAUCACAUGCAGAUCGUCGGAGAGAUUCAACAUGGGUUUCCCACUCCAGUGGUGCCGGUGGUUUCCCAGUGGAAGGACAUGGUGGGCACAGCCUUCUCCCUGGCAAUUGUGGGCUAUGUCAUCAAUCUGGCCAUGGGCCGGACCCUUGCCAACAAGCAUGGCUAUGACGUGGAUUCGAACCAGGAGAUGAUCGCCCUGGGCUGUAGCAACUUCUUCGGCUCCUUUUUUAAGAUCCACGUCAUUUGCUGUGCUCUCUCUGUCACAUUGGCUGUGGAUGGGGCUGGAGGAAAGUCCCAGGUGGCAAGCUUGUGUGUGUCUCUGGUGGUGAUGGUCACCAUGCUGGUCCUGGGAUCCUAUCUGUACCCUCUUCCCAAGGCUGUGCUAGGAGCCCUGAUAGCUGUCAACCUCAAGAACUCCCUCAAGCAACUCGGAGACCCCUACUACCUAUGGAAGAAGAGCAAGCUGGACUGUUGUGUCUGGGUGGUCAGCUUCCUCUCCGCGUUUUUCCUGAGUCUGCCCUACGGUGUAGCAGUGGGUGUCGCCUUCUCCAUCCUGGUUGUGGUCUUCCAGACCCAGUUUCGAAAUGGCUCCACGCUGGCCCAGGUCAUGGACACGGACAUCUACGUGAACCCCAAGACCUACAACAGGGUCCAGGAAAUUGAGGGGGUUAAGAUUGUCACUUACUGCUCCCCUCUCUACUUUGCCAACUCAGAGAUCUUCAGGCAAAAAAUCAUUGCCAAGACAGGUAUGGACCCCCAGAAAAUAUUACUCGCCAAGCAGAAAUAUCUCAGGAAGCAGGAGAAGAGGACAGCCAUGCCGACACAGCAAAGGAAAUCUCUCUUCAUGAAAACCAAGACAGUCUCUCUGCAGGAACUCCAACAGGACUUUGAAAGUGCCCCCUCAACGGACCCCAACAACAACCAAGCCCCUGCAGGUGACGCCAACAUAUCCUACAUCACCUUCAGCCCAGACACCCCAGCGGCUGCCCUGUGUGAGCUGCCCACCUCCGCUCAGCCCCCCAGGGAGCCUAGUGACACUCUAGCCAGUGUCCCACCCUUUGCCACCUUCCACACUCUCAUCCUCGACAUGAGUGGAGUCAGCUUUGUGGACCUGAUGGGCGUCAAAGCCCUAGCCAAGCUAAGCUCCACCUAUGGGAAGAUCGGAGUCCAGAUCUUUCUGGUGAAUAUCCAUGCCCAGGUGUACAAUGACAUCAGCCACGGAGGCGUCUUUGAAGAUGGGUGUGUCCAGCGCAAUCACGUGUUCCCCAGCAUCCAUGAUGCGGUCCUCUUUGCCCAGGCGAAUAUGAGAGGAGCCCCAGCACGCAGUUUCCAAGGGGCUCCAGGAGACACCGAGUUCUCCUUGUACGAUUCCGAAGAGGACAGUCCCAGCUACUGGGACUUAGAGCAGGAGAUGUUCGGGAGCAUGUUUCACUCAGAGACCCUGACCGCCCUAUGAGGGCCCGUUUGGUUCCCAUGCUGCCUCAUGAGCACCUGGAAUCUCCAUGGACAAUACACCCAGGACCACAGGAAGGGACAGAGAGAAGAGUAUGUCCGUCCACCAAGGCUCGAGAUCCUCUCUCGUCUCCUUGUCUUCUCUCCUGGCUUCCCUCCCUCCCUGCUUCCCUGGGAGAGAGCUGUCUCAGCCUCUGCAGGCAAGGAUUGAAAAGGAUGAAAGCCUGGUGAACCCACCUCAUCACCUCCCCUUUCCCACUCAAGCCUCUACCGGCAGUAAGCUCAAUCGGCCCGUCUACCCAUGCCCCGCCCAUGGCCGCUGAUGGACACCUUGACUUCCAGCCUUAAGAGAGAGCCAACAGCAGAAAGAUAAGAGCAACUGUGCUGCACAGAAGUGUAGCUCCAACAGGUCUGUGGCCUGGCUGGUUUGGUCUCGGAGGGCUUCAGGCUGUCGUGGGACACGGGGAUGAACUGGGUUAGAACGUUGACGCUUGACCCUCCAAUUGCCUUAUAGUUGUCAGCUUUGUGCCUCAAAGACACGGUGCUGUCCCCAGUCCAGGACUCUGUGUCUGUGCCCAUUUCUCUCGUUGCCCUAAGCCUGCUUAGACCUCCAUUGCUGUCCAGCGCUUCAGACCCCAGUGUGGGCAGUAGGCAGGACCCGCAUGACUGUCAGCACUACCUCGUCAGGGACAACCCACCGAGGAGCUGACUUGGCCUCUUGAAUCAUCCCUGCCUGGAUGCUGCCCCAUUCUGGAAACACGUGUCCAGCAGAACCCUCCAAAGAUAGAGCUGCAGCUAUUAUGCACAAAAUCUUUCGAGAAUCCCUCUUUGUACUGGAGACGUGGAAAGGGGAGUAAGAUACUAGUGCAAACUCAGGACAAAAUGGGGGGUCCUGGACCUGACAGUCCACCUCACCUCAGAGCCAGCAUUGCCUCCCCUUGGGAAAUCUGCUAUGUUCAUGUCCACUUGGAAAGAGCCAGUCAUUUGAACGCUCCUUUAUCAGCCAGUAGCCUUAGCUGUGGUGGGAGGUCCUGACAUGCAGAUGAGGAAGUCCUGCUUCAGCACCUAAUUGGGUAGAGACAUGAAGACCUAGAUCUCCCUCUACAGGGAACUCUUAAUCAUCUCAGGGACUUUUGCCCCAGGAAAGAUGAAAAUAGGAAUUAAAUUCUCAUGCAAACAGGGAAGUAACUAGAGGCAUCCCACUGUGGACUUGAAAAUAGGUUCUCUCUCUCUCUCUCUCUCUCUCUCUCUCACACACACACACACACACACACACACACACACACACACACACAAAACCAUCUUGUAAAACUACCAUGCAAUGUUCUCCAAGUUCCUUCAGUAAUGCCCCCUGUGCCAACAGGCUGGGCUGGCCCAACCUGGGAAAGCAUCCCACUUACUGACUUGAGCCUGAUCUUUGUUAUGUGUCCAUGUGUUAAGUAAGCUAGUGAGCUAGCGAGUCUCCUCUCUAGAGUUAAAGCACAGGGCCCUGGCAAGCAGCCAGCACAUUCUUGGCCGCAGCUGUUGCUUCUCAGCGAAUCCAUUAUGGCAAUGGAGCCCAAAACUUGGAAGGCUGAAAGACAAUGUUAUCUGGGAUUCACUGUGCCCUGCACUCAAAGUGCCAAAUUCCAGGAAGAGGAGAACCCCAGCCAAUGACAACUUACCCUCCUCUACUCCACCUCCUCCAAAGUCCAAGAAGUACAGGAAGGCCACAGAGCCCCAGGACGUUAUAAGUCCCCUUUGAACCAAGUGUCUAGAUCUUAUUAACCUGCAGGUCAGGCUGAGAACUAAAUGAGAUUGCUGACUCACGGUGGCCCGGGGCUUGGACUUGUUUGGGAAGAGGACAAGCAUCUGCAACGUCUUGAGACUAUAUACACUUGAAGAACACAUGGUGGAGGUGUGAUUAGAAACUCAGGGGCAGGGGUACAGAAAAGGUGCCGAAGAAACUCCACAGUUGCAACUCUGCCUGGGGAGAGAAUGUAAAUGUCACACAGACUGCCGGGCGUGACCGAGGUAGGGAGGGAAGGUGCAAGGAAACAGAAUAAUCCAGACUUUCAUACCUGUGAUGUUCCUACAGACACUGACCUGCCCCGGAAGGGCUGCAAACCUUACCUCUUGAGAUGUUUGUAUAAUUUAUUUAAAUGCCAGAUUCCUUUGUUUGUUUUGGUAAUAAAGCGGUCUUGAAAUGUGA